AACUGAGGAUGGCACAGCUGGUGUCUGGUUAAUUUUCUGGAGAGGGUAGAGGGGGCAGGCUCAGUCUCUAGGAGUUACAUGUAUCUGUAUCCAGCUGUAGGGAGCAGAAAACUGUCAGUCAGUGGACUGGGCUGGAAGAGAGACAUCAAGCAGAAGAGUGCUGGGAAGUGAACAUCAAUAGAUAGACAAGACUGUGAACGAGAGGUUUGACUAGCUGUCAAGGUGUCAAGAGAAAAUAUAUUGUUGUGGAGAUCUGACCUGGGAGCUGAGGAAACAUGGGAGUGUACAAUGAACAAGGGGAGGCCCUUGGUGAACAAGAUUCACAGGAGGGCAUGACCCCCAAAGACAGACAAGGGGGGGUUAGUGGUCGCCAUGGUAUCCCGAGCCCCAUGUCCCUGCGUAGACAACACUCCAAACUCCCUCCUACAGAUGUGUUCAACGACGUCAUGUACAUGGUGGGCGGCUGGACCCAGGAGGAUCCAUCCUGCCCGGUGGAACAGUUCUGUCCCCUGGAGAAUGAGUGGAAGAACAUGGCCUCCAUGAUCAAUCACCGUGGUAACGUGGCCGUGUACGGCCUGGCCGGGAAGAUCUACACGGUGGGCGGGUCCGAUGGUGUCACGUGCAAAAGCAGCGUGGAGAGGUACAACCCAGAGACCAACACCUGGAGUAACGACGUGGCUCCCCUGAGCAGCCCCCGCAGUGGGGUGGGUCUGGUGGAGAUGGAUGGAUAUCUGUACGCCCUUGGAGGAUACGACGGCAUGGUCUGCACCAACACUGUUGAGAGAUAUAAUCCCAAAAUGAAUAGCUGGACAAAGCAGGCACCGAUGCUGAGCCGACGUUCUGGGGCAACGGCUGCUGUGAUGGAUGGUCAGCUAUACGUGAUUGGAGGCAGCGAUGGCAACGCACCCAUGAACACAGUGGAGCGUUUCAAUCCCUUGGAUGGGAUGUGGUAUGCGUGUACCCCUAUGCUGACCCCUAGAGAGAACGCGGGCUGCUGUGUGUACCUGGGACGUCUCUUCGUGGCCGGAGGAAGAGAUGAACUCAACCUGGAGCUCAGCGCUGCAGAGAAGUUUGAUCCAGACGCUCUGAGUUGGACCCCCGUCAAACGCAUGAGAUGCAAGAGAAACAACAUGUCUCUGAUGGUGUUCAACGGGUCGUUGUUGGCUGUGGGAGGCUCUGAUGGCAUCACCAAUCUGAAAACAAUAGAAGUCUACAACCAUGAGUCAAAUACAUGGAGACACUUUGGGAGCAUGAAGACCAAACAUCCAGGAGGCCACGUUGCCAUGUUGAAGACCAAACACAGUUACAGCCUGUAACUGGAAAUUAUAAUGUUGCUGGACAAUAGCAUAUGGAUUUAUUAUAUAGAUUUGUAUACUGUGUAUGUCCAUGUCGAAAUAGUACUGUAAUCCCCCGUAUAGUAUGUAAACAUGCAUGGCUAUUUAUUUCACUUUUAUUUAACCCAGAAGUCUUUCCUAAGAAAUGAAACUAUGCACCAGGAGUGUCAUGCACCCAUUAUUUUAGAGGGGGCACGAAGUACAUGAGGAUGGAGGGGGCGUUGUCCAGGUUGGAGAAUUUAGCAUUUUUUAAACACCAAAAAUAGCUUUAACCUGCAAUCUCACGCCAUAAUCAUUAUGACUAAUUCUAUGUAAAAAAAUAAAUUUAAAAAAAUGAAGUA